AUCCUUUGCCUUCCGCCUGUGCUGAGUCUUGUCCGGCCAGUCCCGCCUUGGGCGCCCAUUUCGAGCUCGAGUUUCAAGCUCGGCUCUCCGAGCACAGAUUUUUCCGGGAGUGGGUUCUUGGGCAGUGGCUAUGGGGGCAGGAAUGGCGCAGCUGGAGGGUUACUAUUUCUCGGCUGCCUUGAGCUGUACCUUUUUAGUAUCUUGCCUCCUCUUCUCCGCCUUCAGCCGGGCGCUGCGAGAGCCCUACAUGGACGAGAUCUUCCACCUGCCGCAGGCGCAGCGCUACUGUGAGGGCCAUUUCUCCCUCUCGCAGUGGGAUCCCAUGAUUACUACAUUACCUGGCUUAUACCUGGUGUCAGUUGGCGUGGUCAAACCUGCCCGUUGGAUCUUUGGAUGGUCUGAACAUGUUGUCUGCUCCAUUGGGAUGCUCAGAUUUGUUAAUCUUCUCUUCAGUGUUGGCAACUUCUAUUUACUAUAUUUGCUUUUCCGCAAGGUACAACCCAGAAACAAGGCUGCCUCAAGUAUCCAGAGAAUCUUGUCAACAUUAACAUUAGCAGUAUUUCCCACACUUUAUUUUUUUAACUUUCUUUAUUAUACCGAAGCAGGAUCCAUGUUUUUUACUCUUUUUGCAUAUUUGAUGUGUCUUUAUGGAAAUCAUAAAACUUCAGCAUUGCUUGGAUUUUGUGGCUUCAUGUUUCGUCAAACAAACAUCAUCUGGGCUAUCUUCUGCGCAGGAAAUGUCAUUGCACAGAAGUUAACUGAAGCUUGGAAAACUGAGCUACAAAAGAAGAAAGAAGAAAGGCUUCCCUCUAUUAAAGGACCAUUUUCAGAAUUCAGAAAAAUUCUUCAAUUUCUUUUGGCUUAUUCCAUGUCCUUUAAGAACUUGAAUAUGCUUUUCCUUUUGACUUGGCCCUACAUCCUUCUGGAAUAUUUCUGAGAGGAAAAAUCUUUCCACUCUGAUCUAGUCUGGCAAAAAUGAGGAAUACAUUCCACCCCAUAAUUGAAGAAGACGGCUUUUUGGAGAGACCACUGUUCCAGUUCAUUUUUAAGUGUUGAGUCCCUGCUGUUGUAAGAGAUGUUUUGGAGAAAAUCCACAUUCAAAGAGACACAGGUUAAUAUUCCACAUAUUCCAUAAAGUACAUAAAACACAGUAUUUGGCAUUUUAAGAAAAGAAUGCUAUGAAUUAAAAGGUGCUGUUUUUCACUAUUUAUUACUUUAAAACAGGAAUGUUUAUCAGUAACUAUUGAGUUUAAGAUAAAUGUCUUGGUUAAUUUUUUUAGGCAGUUUGAAAAUCAUCAUUUGCUGAUGAAUUUUCCAAGAUAUGUAACAGAUAAAAUGAUUAUGUAAGAGAUCACAAACUCAGCACAACAAAUCAUUUUGCCUUUUGUGUUCCAGAUACUAUAACAAACAUCCUUGUGAAAUCAUUCAGUUGAAACAACUGAAAAAGCCGAUCAUUCCUAUGUCUUUAGAUCCUUACUUGUGGAAAUAUUCUAAGUUAUGUUUGUGUUUUGGACUUGUUUUCAAGAGUUGUCAAGUAGAUAUUUUUGUCAUGAAUUUUUAAAAAUUAAACAACUGAACUUCUUGACUAAAAGGUGACUAUAAAAAAUAUAUAUAUUGCCCUGUGGAGACUUGCAGUUAUCAUUAAUAAAGUCUGUGAGUAGGAUUAUUUUGGAAAAUAUUAUAAAAAGAUUUAAUCCAUAAAUUGUUUCAGGUUCAGGGAAUAAAUCAUUUUGAGCUGAUUCUGUCUUAUGUGAAAUUCUAUAGAUAUAGAACAUUAUCUUUAGGUAGCAUUAGGUGUUAGUAUAAUUCCAGUAAUGUAUGUUUCCUCUUAUUUAUGUUUUCUUUUAGUAGAUAGCCAGAAAUCUUUUGACCUGCAUCUGACUAUAUAUUUAAAUGGUUUGGAAAUACAGUGUUCCUGAGUUUAAACACAGCAUGUCAUUUUGGCAAGAUAAAUUUAUUUUAGCUAUCUGACCUUUUCUUUCUCAUCUUAGAGUUAUUUCUGGAAUGUGCUUAGCCUAUCAUAAAACAGCUUAAUAUAAAUAGCUUAAUGUAAUUUAUAUCCAAUGAAUGACUAGCUUAAUGUAACAUAUUUCUAGUUUCAACUUAACUGACAGUUGGUUUGCAUUAUUUUCUUUAUAACUCUUGGAAGAGAGGCGAGUAGAAUAGAUCCACAAUUUUUAUUUACACCCCUUAAAUGGUGGACUGUUAUUUUGGACCCACUUUCAAAUAAAACAUAUGUUCACAUAAAUAAAUAAAUUCAUAUAUGUUGGGUUAGAGAAAAAUUAUUACUUUGCAGCAA